AUGUAUUUCAGCUCUUAUCUUGCAAGUGUAGUGCACUUUACCCCAGUUAUAUCAUCACACAGACACACUCAAACGCACGGCAGAUCAGUUCUCAUCGUCUACACUCUACACUUUACUGGAUUAAAGAUGUCCCGGGCCGCAGACAGAUUAAAAGUGGUUUUGAAUCAUCUGGAUCGGUCUCACGGCGCUGUCCGAGCAUCCUUCACUUCUGCCCAAAAUGUGUCCUAUCAGUAUCAUCAUCAUCAUCCUCAAGCCUUUCAAUACACUUUUGACACGGAUCUCCUGACUCCAGAACAGAGAAUCGCCUACGAAAAGGAUGGUUUCAUACUCAUCCGAAACUUGGUAUCGGACGAGGAUAUUGACCAAUUCAGGAAAGAGUUUGAGCGCAUCUGUAAGAAAGAGGUGAAGGUGCCUGGUUUGUUGGUAAUGAGAGAUGUAUCCAUUGCUAAAUCCGAGUUUGUUGAAGGCGAGAAGGCUGUUACCAAACUUCAGGACUUCCAGGAAGAUCCAGAACUUUUCCGCUACUGCACUUUACCCCAGAUCCUGAAGUAUGUGAAGUGUUUCACCGGACCCAACAUCAUGGCCAUGCACACCAUGCUCAUCAACAAACCACCUGACACAGGUAAGAAGACCUCUCGCCAUCCCAUGCACCAGGAUCUACACUACUUCCCCUUCCGACCUGCCGAUCGCAUUGUGUGUGCAUGGACCGCCAUGGAGAAAGUGCACCGGCAAAACGGCUGUCUGGUCGUCCUGCCCGGCUCACACCAUGGCACUCUGCAGGAACACGACUACCCAGAAUGGGAGGGUGGAAUAAAUAAGAUGUACCACGGGGUGCGUAACUACGACCCAGACCAUCCCAGAGUCCAUUUAGAGAUGGAGAAAGGAGAUACAGUGUUUUUCCAUCCUUUGCUGAUCCAUGGCUCAGGAAUGAACCAAACCAAGGGAUUUCGAAAGGCCAUCUCCUGUCACUAUGCCAGCUCUGACUGCUAUUACAUAGAUGUGAAAGGAACGACUCAGGAGAACAUCAGCAAUGAAGUGAAGGAAAUUACAGCCAAGAAGUAUGGGAUUGACAAUACAAUCUCCUUUCAGGACACUUGGGCUUUGCGGGGACGUCUGGUCCAAGGAGAAAGAACAUCGAUGUGACUCGUGACUCAUCUGUCUGGCUUAGAGAGGACAGCUUCACAACUGGAUUAAUUAACGGCACACAGCUGUUUGUUAAUUUGACAAUUUCCUUAAAAUUGAUCAUUAUGGUUACAUUGAUAAUUAUGGAAAGUACAGCUUUCACCAUCAGGUGGCAGUGUAGGGAUUAAAUCGUGGAUCACACACACUGAAUUGCCAUCUGUGCCUGGGACGAUCAGUCCUGAUACCGAUCUAAUAAUAAUGAAAGCCAGACAUUGUAACUUUAGCAUCAACGGAUCUUGGUGUGGCUUUUCUUCAAGAGAUGCAAGAACAUUGGGAAUUCAUUGUCUCGGAUAAAUACUUCAGGUGUUUGUGAGAGUGUUUCCUGCAAGUAAUUAUUAGUGAGGUUGUUGAAGUAAUUAGUAUUAGAAGUAAUUUGAUGAAAAUUCUAGUUCACAGCAGAUACUUGGGAAGGAGUAAUCGAGUACAGCACUUAAUCUGCCUUCAUUUGAAACAGAUACAGCUUUUUGCUGAUAUAAAUGAUGGUUUUAAAAGAAUCAGAGGCAAAGAAGAUAAUUUUACUAUUAAUUCUGAAAUAUUAAAGGGAUUAAUAUGUUUUUAUCAACAUUAGAUCAGGUCUAAACAUACUGACCUACAGUAAUACAAACAUUUCCUUGAUAAUAGCAGUUUAUAAUCAAACAGGGAAAAUGUAAAAAAGUUUCUACCCUAUAUUUUUGCUUAAUUGAAUUAAAAUAUACUUGAAUGUGUGAAUGCCAAUGUUUAACUACAAUAAAUGCAUUUAAUAAGGUACUGAA